AUGCUCCGUCGACCACCGACGCGCUUGGAGCUCAAGGGCGAGGAUAAGGACGAGUUUGAAAGACUUCGACGGGAACGCGUGAACGCGCGCGAGCUCGGGACGAUCGGUGCGCGCGACUCGGUGGACGGUGACGCGGUGCGUCGAGCGGAGCGUGAGCGCGAGCGCGAGCGAAGGAUCGGGAUCGCGGAGGUGAGAGAGGAGGAAUAA